AUGUUCGGCUUGCAACGGAUCGCGCAGCUGAGCGAGGACCUUGCGCCAGUCGACGUGCACAUCGACGGGCAAGGGCACGAGCUGCGGGUGACAUGGAGUGAAGAGGACGGAAAGCAGCACAAGAGUACUUACUCUGCCGAGUGGCUGGUAGCCAAGGCCACCAACGUAGAAGCACAACGGCAUUCAUCGGCCUUCAAUAUCGUCGCCAUCCCCAAAAGUGUCAAACCAUCACCGUGGGAUCGGGAGAGCAUCAUGGGAUUGGGCAGUCCGGAGGUGAGUUACGAGGAGGUGAUGAGCGGCACCGAAGGCAUGGCCAAGUGGGUGAGGAUGCUCCACACGCACGGCUACUCCAUCGUCACCGGCACACCCGCUACCGCGGAGGCCACUCAGCAGGUCAUGGCCCAGUUCGGGCCAGCCAAAAACGGGCUCUUUGGGUUGCUGUGGGACUUUACGGUGCACGCCGAGGCAAGCCAGGACUCGCUGGAGCACAGCGACACCGCCUACACGCCGGUCGCGCUCCAACCGCACUCCGACGGCUGUUAUUGCGUCGAGCCGCCAGGGCUGCAAGCAUUUCACAUCCUCGAGCACACGGGCCAGGGCGGCGCGACCGUGCUCGUGGACGGGUUUAACGUGGCCGCCCGCUUGCGCGCGCACAACCCGGAUGCCUUCGACUAUCUGGCCAACACCCCUAUCACUUUCCACUACUGGGAUGUGGACAAUUUUCUCGAGGCCCGACAGCGGAUUAUCACGCUCGACCCCAACGGGGAGGUCACGCGGUUCGUCUACAACAACGACGACCGCUCCCCGGUCUAUCUCCCGCCCGAACAGGCCGAUCGCCACUACGCCGCCAUCCGGGCGCUGCUGCGAGAAGUACAAUCUCCCGCCAAUCAACACACCUUCCGCCUCUCACCCGGGCGCAUGUUGGUGACUAACAACUGGCGAGUCAUGCAUGGCCGAACGGCGUUCACCGGCUCUCGUCGGCUGAGCGGGUCCUACCUGUCGAUGGACCACUUCGGCAGCAGGACACGAACGCUCCUGCACUCGCAGGGACUGCACUAA